AUGUCUUUUCCUAGUACUGACGUUAAACCUUUCCCGGUGGCGGAUGCUGUUCCCUCCUAUUGGAGGAAACAAGUCGGGCCCAUCGACAACCAUCGCAGCACUGAACAUCUUCCCGCGCAGGCUGAUGUUGUAAUCAUUGGUGCGGGAUAUGCUGGAGCAUCGAUUGUGCAUCACAUAAUCGAAGAGUGUAUGCGUUGCGACCGCCCAAUUCCAUCAAUACUUAUCCUUGAGGCACGUGAGGCCUGCUCUGGCGCCACCGGACGUAAUGGCGGUCAUUUAAAACCAGAUCCUUUGUCAAGAGCGGCCAGCGUACUGGAGACGCACGGGAAAGCGGUCGCGGAGCACGUGGCUACAUUCGAGGCUCGCCAGGUCGACGCAAUCAAAGAACUUGUUCGGCGUGAACAUUGUGAUUGUGACUUCGAAGAGACCAGGGUUACAGACGUCUGCUUUUAUGAAGCAGGCCGCGAUAAAAUCAGAGCUGACAUCGCGAAAAUCGCUAAAGCGGAUAUCUCAACUGCGAAAGGGAUAAAGUUUACUUCGGGCAGCGAAGCAGAAGAGGUUUCUGGCGUUUGGGGUGCAAAAUCUUGCCAUACAUAUAAUGCCGCUCGCCUGUGGCCUUACCGACUUGUGGCACACUUGCUAGAAAAAGCGGUGUCUAUGGGCGUCAACUUGCAAACAAAUACCCCAGUAUCGUCCGUCUCGGCAGCCGAUGAAAGCACAAAAGAUCGUUGGGUCGUGAACACAUCGCGUGGCUCCGUCGAGACCAGCACUCUCGUUUAUGCUACGAACGGAUACACGUCUGCUCUCGUACCGGAGAUGAAGGAAAAAGUCGUCCCAGUGAGAGGCAUAGUAGCACGCUUGGCGGGCGAGAACGCACCAAAGAUGACUGAUAGUUAUAUGAUGCGGUUUUCCGACUACGAGUACGACUAUAUGAUUCCUCGACCGGACGGAAGUAUCGUCGUUGGUGGCGGAAGGCGCGACUACUACAAAGACUUGGACGAAUGGUUUGAUGUAUCCGACGACAGCAGACUGAUGGAUGGCGCGCGGAAUUACUUUGACGGCUACAUGCAACGGCAUUUCCGUGGAUGGGAGAACAGCGAUGUACGCACAGAAGAUGUCUGGACUGGAAUUAUGGGCUAUUCUAACGACGGGUUCCCUUAUGUUGGACCAAUUUGCGGAAAACCCGGCCAGUAUAUGUGUGCAGGAUUCAGUGGGCACGGUAUGCCGCAGAUCUUCUUCUGCGCAAAAGCCGUCGCUUCCAUGGUCAUCACGGGCGAUGCAGAUGAUGUGGAUCUCCCUGUGCCGUACCGCAUCACCAGGAGUAGAUGGUAUCAACCCAAAGAACAUGUGUCUCUCAAGAUGUGGCAACAGAUUGCGGAAAGCCAGCCUGCUCAAGCACGGUUGUGA